CUCUUCAUGUUGAUUGCUGUGAUCGCAUGUCUUUUCGGUGACUAUUGGUAUACACAACCUCUGCCAGCAACAGCCUUCGUUUGUGCGGUGUUCGCUUUGGGCACUUUACUCGUAUCGUUUUGCUUGAUCUUCAUUUCUUCCGAGAGAGGUGGCUCUGCAUCGUCCGGCAACACAGUGCUAAUAGUGCGUGCCGCAGUGAUGAGUGUAGUGCUGUUGCUAGCGAUAAUAUCCGGAAUUUUGUUCGCGAUCGGAGUGGAAGUGUGCUUGCGAGAGGCAUACGGAACGUGCUAUUUGUUCUAUUACUCGAAACCGUUCGUCGUCGCAUCGGUUUCGUUUAUUCCAUUCACAUUCAAUAGAAUACCUCCUCAGAGUUUCUGA